GUUCUUGUUCUCGCGAGAACUCUUCGCCAACGUCAGUUUACCUUUGACACAGUUUUGUUCCUGCAGCAGUGUGGAGCAAGAAGCUUGAAGGGUCCAAGAUGAACAGAGCUUUUAACAAAACGAGCCUGAAACAGCUGACAGGUAUCAUCCAAAGGUUUCAAAGCACCUUGGUGGUUGCAGAGCACAACAAUGACAAGCUGACCCCGAUUACACUCAAUGCCAUCACUGCUGCCAGUAAGCUGGGAGGAGAGGUGUCCUGUCUGGUUGCUGGAACAAACUGUGCACAGGUUGUGGAGGAAAUCAGCAAAGUACAGGGUGUGAAGAAGGUUCUUGUUGCCCAACAUGAUUCUUACAAAGGUGCCCUGGCAGAGGAGUUGACUCCACUUAUUCUACAAACACAAAAGCAGUUCAAUUUCACCCACAUCUGUGCUGGUGCAUCUGCCUUCGGAAAGAACCUGCUUCCCAGAGUGGCUGCCAAGUUGGAUGUUGCUCCAGUAUCAGAUAUCAUUGAGAUUAAGUCUCCAGACACUUUUGUCAGAACCAUUUAUGCUGGAAACGCUCUCAGCACUGUGAAAUGUAAUGAGCCAAUCAAGAUCUUCACGGUCAGAGGGACAUCCUUUGAGGCAGCUAAAACAGAGGGAGGAAGUGCCAAAUCAGAAGAAGUUGCUCCUUCUGCUCCCGCUGGGAUUUCUGAGUGGGUGGAGCAGAGUCUGACAAAGAGCGACCGUCCAGAGCUGACCAGCGCUAAAGUUGUGGUGUCAGGAGGAAGGGGUUUGAAGAGUGGAGAUAACUUCAAACUGCUUUAUGACCUUGCUGACAAGCUGAAUGCUGCAGUUGGUGCAUCCAGAGCAGCAGUGGAUGCUGGGUAUGUUCCCAACGACAUGCAGGUUGGACAGACUGGCAAGAUUGUAGCACCGGAGUUGUACAUUGCUGUUGGUAUCUCUGGAGCUAUUCAACACCUGGCUGGAAUGAAAGAUAGCAAGACUAUUGUUGCUAUCAACAAGGACCCAGAGGCUCCCAUUUUCCAGGUUGCUGACUACGGCUUGGUCGCUGAUCUUUUCAAGGCUGUUCCUGAGAUGACUGACGCACUGGGCAAGUGAGGAAAGAAACAAAGUCCCCGCAAACCUCCACCGCACGGCCAGAACCUGCAGUAGGAACACUACAGAGAGUGACCACAGGCACCCAUAGCCACUGCCUUAAAUUUCCAAAGCUGUGAGUGUUUGCGAGCAGAAAUAAUUCAUCAUCAACAUCUUCUCUUUGACUGGAAACAGAAAAAGAAAUAUCAAUCUAGAAAUAAUUGCCAUUUUUUUGCCGUUUUUAUAAAUACUGUACAUGUAUUAAAUAUAAAUGAAUAAGCUUGUACUUACCUGGGGGCGGUGUUUUAUGCCUUUAGUAGUACCUGUGUUGUAAUUGUAUUUAAUUUUAUGAUACAGCAGAGAAGAUUUUUGAAAGCGCUUGACUUGCCUCUCGACCUUUGACGUAGUUGUAAGAUGUAGCUCUUCAUGCCUUCUUAGAGGAUGCAUAGUCACUGAGAUGCUCUUGGAAGAUGGUGUAAUAAAUUGAAAACUAAUAACUUGC